GAGCUCAUCUCAUUUCUCACACCGCCCGGACCUGAGGCAGGACACAAAUCUACCGUAAGACAGGUGCAUCUGCAGCUUGCUGAGGCCACUUGUACGCUUGAGAGAGGCUGCGGGGCAGGCGGCACGACCGGUAACAUGACCCAGAUCUCAGAGGAGGACCUGGCGGACCUCAGGGUCGCCUUCGACAAAAUUGACCUCGACAAGAGCGGGUUUGUCAACGACUACGAGCUGCAUGACCUCUUUCAGGAGGCCAGCCUGAAUUUACCAGGUUACAAGGUGCGAGAGAUUGCAGAGAGGUUCAUCGCCGGCGACACCAACAAGGACCAGAAGAUAAGCUUUGAAGAGUUUGUGGCGAUAUACCAAGACAUAAAAAGUAAGGACAUAAGAGAAACCUUUCGCAGGACCAUCACCAGGAAGGAUGGGAUCUGCUCAUUUGGAGGAACGUCUGGAAGCUCCAGCCAAGGAACCCAGCACUCGUAUUCUGAUGAAGAGAAAGUGGCCUUCGUCAACUGGAUCAAUAAGGCCUUGGCAAAUGACCCAGACUGCCAACACUUUAUCCCCAUGGACCCGAAUACCGACAGUCUGUUCACAUCUGUCAAGGAUGGAAUACUCCUCUGCAAAAUGGUCAACCACUCCCAGAAGGAAACGAUCGACGAAAGGGUCAUCAACACAAAAAAACGCAGCAUGUUCAACAUGACUGAGAACUUGAUUCUGGCUCUUAACUCCGCCUCAGCCAUCGGAUGUAUGGUGGUCAACAUAGAUGCUCAGGACAUGAUUGCUGGAACACCUCACCUGGUGCUCGGGCUGCUCUGGCAGAUCAUUAAAAUCGGCCUGUUUGCUAACAUCGAGCUUGCGAGCAACGAAGCUCUGAUCGCACUCCUUGGUGAGGGUGAAGAUUUGGAGACUCUGUUGUCGUUGUCACCCGAGGAGCUGCUGCUGCGCUGGGUGAACUAUCAUCUCAAAGCUGCUGGAGAGAAACCAAUAAAAAACUUCACAGACGACAUCAAGGACUCCAAGGCCUACUUCCACUUACUGAACGAGAUCUCUCCCAGAGGAGACACCGACCCUGGGAUCCCCAUCAUCAUCGACAUGUCUGGCUUAAACGAGGUAGAUGACCUAAAGAGGGCGGAGCUUAUGCUGAAACAAGCGGCUCGGAUCGAUUGCCGUCAGUUUGUCUCGCCUCAGGACGUGGUGUCCGGGAAUCAAAAGCUCAACAUCGCCUACGUCGCCAACCUGUUCAACAUGUACCCGGCCCUAAAAAAGCCAGGCUCCGAAAAUGGCAUUGACGUCAGCAUGAUCGAGGGGGAAUCCAGAGAGGACAGGACCUUAAGAAAUUGGAUGAACUCGCUGGGGAUAAGUCCGAGAGUCAAUCACUUAUACAGUGACCUGGGAGACGGCCUGGUUAUUCUUCAGCUUUAUGAGAAAAUUCAAGUGCCUGUAGACUGGAAGAAAGUAAACCGUCCACCGUAUCCUGCCAUCGGUUCCAAAAUGAAAAAGCUGGAGAACUGCAAUUAUGCUGUGGAUUUGGGCAAAAUGCUGGCAAAGUUCUCACUGGUGGGCAUCGGCGGUGACAACAUCAACGAAGGCAAUCCCAAGCCCACGCUGGCGCUGGUGUGGCAGCUCAUGAGAAGGUACACCCUGAACGUGCUGUCCGACAUUGGUGAUGGAGAAAAAAUCAAUGACCAGAUCAUAGUUGACUGGGUGAACACGACGCUGAAAAACAAUGAAAAAACAUCGACCAUCAGUAACUUUAAGGACAAAUCGAUCAGCAGCAGCAUCCCAGUGCUCGAUCUGAUUGAUACGAUUGCUCCUGGAUCCAUCAGAACUGACUUGGUGAAGACGGGAGACUUGAGUCCUGAAGACAUGCUCAACAACGCAAAGUAUGCCAUCUCAAUGGCACGAAAGAUCGGUGCCAAAGUGUAUGCGCUGCCCGAAGACCUGAUGGAGGUCAACCCUAAGAUGGUCAUGACCGUGUUCGCCUGUUUGAUGGGAAAAAGUCUGAACAAAGUGAAGGCCUGAUUAGAAGUUAUAAGUUGUCCAGAGGAUAUCAAUUUGACGGUAUUCCUGUGUUCGAAACAAUGUCGCAUAAGAAGUAAUACACGUUUCUGGGUGAAGAGCAAACCUACGUAGAAAUGCAGUAGGUUCUAAUUUUUUAAAGAGGUGGAGUUGGGAGCUUCGCGGCUAAGAAUCGUUCAUCACUGUCAUCACCUGCUGUUUUUCAGUUCAUGCACUUUCCGAGCCUCACCAAGAAAAAGUCAAACCUUUAUUGACCGGCAUUUCAUACUUCACUUUUCAUUUAAAAUUAUCUUUAUUUUAUUGAUUUUUUUUUUAAUUCGUUUGAUUUGUAGGUAGCAAUUUAAUUUCUAGAACAAAGAGUUGUUGACUGAUUGGUUUAUUUUGCUAGCAAGGUAUUUUGUGUUACUGUAUCAAACUGUCUCGAUAUGUUCAUAAACUUGCUUCUGGUGACUUAUUAAACUUAUUUCCAAACAAAGUCAA